CUUUUGCACAUCAAUCCCUAUAUCCUAUAUAAUCGUACGCUACCGAACUCCUAGACUGUCGACAGUUUAACACACAUAUAUUUAUAUACCGAACUCCUCUCAGGGAUGCGUUUCCCCGUAUCAUUAGCCCUAAUCCUCUCCCAACUGGCAAUACAUGCCUCCGCCGUCUCGAAACCCCAACCAGAACAAAACAUCCUCAGGAAGGGCCCUAUUCCCCUAGUUAUAUGGCAUGGGCUAGGCGAUGACUACGGGAGCGGCGGCAUCCAGAAUAUCUCCAACCUUGCCCAGAUGGUCCACCCAGGAACCUACGUCUACGUCAUCUCCCUUGGCAGUUCACGCGCAACAGACCUCCGGGCCAGCUAUUUCGGCAACCUCAACGAGCAGUUAGAAGAAGUUUGCAAAAAGCUAGGUACGGAGCAGAUCCUCAGUACCGCUCCCUCCAUCAAUGCUUUGGGCUUCUCGCAGGGCGGCCAGUUCCUUCGUGCAUAUGUCGAGCGCUGCAACUUCCCACCUGUCCACAACCUCGUUACCUUCGGCAGUCAACAUAACGGUAUCUCAAGCUUCCAGGGCUGCAGCACCACCGGUGAUUGGCUGUGUAGAGCUGGGGAGUCGCUGCUACGAUGGGGUACGUGGUCUAGAUUUGUCCAGUCCAGAUUCGUACCUGCGCAGUACUAUCGGGAUCCUGCAGACAUGGAGCAGUAUCGUGCCUAUAGCAAUUUCCUGGCAGAUAUCAAUAACGAGCGCGCUUCGAAGAACGUGACGUAUAAGGAGAACAUGGCGAAGUUGAAUAAGUUUGCUAUGUACAUGUUCGAGAAUGAUAAGAUGAUGGUGCCGAAAGAGUCGUCGCAUUUCGCGGAAGUUAAUACGACGGAUGGGACAGUUACGCCACUAAAGGAAAGGAGGAUAUUCAAAGAGGACUGGCUUGGGUUGAGAGAGUUGGAUACAAAGGGGAAGUUGGAUCUGAAGACGACCACAGGUGGUCAUAUGGAGCUUACCGAUGAAACACUGCGCACGGUCUUCCAGGAGUAUUUUGCGCCUAUUGAGCUGGGUGGUGAUGUGCACGCAAUGCGCACAGAUGCGGACACGCAGAAAGUGCUAUCGGGGUAAUCAACUCCGGGAAUUCGAUGGUAACACUUCCAGAGGAUGGAAUUUGGAGUUCUUGGGGUUUUCAGGCUUUGUCAUGUGUGUAUAGAUUAAGCAAUUUUCAUACUUUCGCCCAUUUCUGUCAUUUUCGGUCUAUCACUCUUUUUGGUUGAGACUGCAUCGCUUCAGCUUAUUGAUGACGUUCCGUCCGCUUCCUCAGCUAAGCCCGUCUUAAAGGCACGAUGGAGAGCCAAGUUAUAGAUGCCCAUCGAUUGGCCGCCAAUAGUAUUUUUAUUUUGCCUGCUGUUAUUUCCCACAUAUUACUUCAGAAUGAUAAGUAUCGCCAAAUUAUCACUAUGC